AUGAAGUAUCCAGCAAAAGCACAUGCGUUAAAGGUAAAGAACCAUUUUCUAGCUGAGAAGAAGUCUGAGAAGAAAGAUGGCAUUGCGUUUUUCAUUGCAUCUGCAACUUAUACCAACUAUCCCUACUGUGACCAGGUUGCCCCUUUGAGACAGAAUAGAUACUUUCAUUAUUUGUCUGGUAUUGAUCAGAUGGCAGGCGCUUUCAUUCUUUUCAACGUUCUCAAUGAAAAGCUCACGUUGUUCCUUCCAAAUAUUGAUGAUGAAGACAUCAUGUGGAGUGGGCUGCCACUUUCCCCAGAAGAUGCUCUUAAAGAGUACGAUGUUGAUGAGGUCUUAUAUGCAAAGGAUGUUACCAAAACGUUGGAAUCUUUGAAAUCUUCCAAUUUUGAUAUCUACACCACUGACACCGAUCAAUAUUCAAAGGCUGCUUUCGCAAAACUGGUGAUCCCAAAAGACACUUCGUUUUUCUACGCUUUGGACGAGUCCAGAUUAAUAAAGGAUGAGUUUGAAAUCUCAUUGAUGAGACAUGCUGCUGAAAUUACCGACAACUGUCAUAUGGCUGUUAUGUCUGCAUUGCCUAUUGAAACUAACGAAACCCAUCUUCAUGCAGAGUUUGUAUACCAUUCUCUCAGACAAGGAUCGAAGUUCCAAUCGUAUGACCCUAUCUGCUGCUCAGGUCCUUCCUGUGGCACAUUGCACUAUGUCAAGAACGACGAUCAAAUGGAUGGUAAGACUUCUGUGUUGAUCGAUGCCGGUGCAGAGUGGAAGUGUUAUGCAUCUGAUGUUACUAGAUGCUUCCCAAUCACCGGAAAGUUUUCCAAAGAGCACCUUGAUGUCUAUGAAACUGUAAGAGAUAUGCAAGCGCAAGCUAUGAAGGAAAUUAAGCCAGGUGUCGCAUGGGAAGAUCUUCAUUUACUUACGCACAGAGUUUUAAUUAAGCACUUUUUGGAGCUCGGACUUUUCCAUAAUGGUACAGAAGAUGAGAUAUUCAACUCUAAGGUAUCAGCUUGGUUCUAUCCUCACGGUUUAGGACAUUUGUUAGGAAUGGAUACGCACGAUGUAGGUGGAAAUGCAAACUAUGAGGAUGAAAAUAUUAUGCUAAGAAAUUUAAGACUGAGAAGAAAGUUACAAGCUGGUAUGGUCAUAACCGAUGAACCUGGUGUCUAUUUCUCCCCAUUCUUGCUGGAGCACAUAUCUGAAGAACAGGAGAAGUUUGUUAACAGAGAAAUUGUGCACAAAUAUAUGUACAUUGGAGGUGUCAGAAUCGAGGAUGACAUUUUAGUUACUGCUGAUGGUUACGAGAACUUGACCGGUAUAACCAGUGACCCUCACGAAAUUGAAAAGAUUGUUCAAAAAGGUCUUAGUAAAGGGAAGGGAGGAUUUCAUGUUAUAGCCUGA